UGUUCACAAUUUCGACAAACAGUAAUUUUUUAAUACAGCAAAAAUACAUAUUUUAAUAAAUUAAUUUUCAUAGCUUCUCAGAAAGCCUCAAAUCAUUUGGUCCAAUUUCAAAUGAGAUAUUCUGUUUUAAACGGUGAGCGAAUAAUUUUGUAACCCACUGUGCAUGCAUGAAAAUGAUCAACAGACUGAGGUAAUGGACGACAAUAAUAAGAGAACCGACGAGAAUUACAGAAAAUCCGAAGAGAAUAAAAAAAAGGAAGAAAUGGCCUCGGCUACUAUAUCACCGACAGAAGAUGACGAAUUGACUUUGCCACGCGCGUCGAUCAAUAAGAUGAUCAAGGAAAUUCUGCCCCACGUACGCGUGGCAAAUGAAUCACGGGAACUGAUACUGAAUUGCUGCACGGAAUUCAUACAUUUGCUUUCGUCCGAGGCGAACGAGAUUUGCAAUCAACAGCAGAAGAAAACGAUCAACGCUGAACAUGUGCUUCAGGCACUCGAGAAGCUUGGAUUCGGAGAUUACAGCGCAGAGGCGGAGGCUGUUUUGCGGGACUGCAAGGCAGUAGCAGCGAAACGAAGACGUCAGAGUACCAGAUUAGAAAAUUUGGGGAUUCCAGAGGAAGAGCUCCUCAGGCAGCAACAGGAAUUGUUCGCGAAAGCGAGGGAGGAACAGGCUGUGGCCGAGCAACAGCAGUGGCAACAGCUGCAAGCGGUUGCGCAAAUGGCUUCGAUGCAACAAGCAGAUAGCGAGCAGGAAGAUUACUCCUAAACAUGUAUAGUGACUGAACGAUUCUCCUUUUCGUGUGUUGAUGUGGAAAACCGGUGGACGAGGACAUACUCUUUUUAUUUCAGCCAGUCUGGGAUAAUUGAAAUAUAUCUUCUUUUCUUCUCCUUCUCUUGAUUUAUUCCACUUCAUACAUAGUAUUUAUGGCUUGUACACUACUUUCAGUAAUCAUCAAUUAUCGCAUUCCUACCUUUGUUCUGUGAUGUUCUUACAAUAAUAAUGAUUAUAAUAGAGAAAAUACGUCAAAGAAUCAUGUAUAUAUCAUUGUAGUUACCAUAUGGUACUAUAAAAGCCGAAAUUAUCGAUUAUGGCAUUAAUCUUCCAUAUUCAGAAGAUAGAUGACUCUUUUUAAUCGCUUCCAUUACUCUAGAAACGUAGUGAUACCUGAGUAAUACAAAGGCAAUUGAUUAAGAAAACGCCUAUUGAAAAAAGAAAAGAAACAGAGAUUAGAUUUCAUACAUACCAAUUCUUUUCUGUUAGAGUAGAGGGUGUCAUUGGAUUUCUAUUAACACCAUGUAUCUUCGUUUUUAAUUUCUCUAUUAGUUUCUUCUCAUUAUAAUGCAUAGUUGGUUCCUCUGCAAGAAAAAAGAUACCAAAUUAGAAUUGGAUAUUAAAUUAGAUAUUAAACACCGAAUCGUACCGUAGUUUGUGAUUCGAGGUAUGAAAAAUAAGUUCAACCCUGCCUCCAUCGAAUGAUUACUCAUAUCCAAACCACUGUUAAUUUGUAAUCUAGAACUGGAGAAUACCUUGCUGUAAAAUUCCUGUAAACGAUGAAUCAUUGUAACAGUUUCACUCAAUGAAUAAUGGAAUAGAUUUUUUAUAAAACAA